CUUAACUGGCUUUUAGUCACGCUACUCUUUGCCUUGACCCAUCGUGUUCUCUCAAGUAAAGUGGUAGCCCAUACCAUUGCAGUUACUACUGCCUUUGCCUUCCUCGUGGUCUAGCACUCAGAACCAUGGAAGCAGCCUGCAGUUUAGCCGUUCCUGGCUUUCUCGCCAAGCUGUGGGCGUUAGUGGACGACACUGUCUUGGACGAUGUGAUCGGCUGGAAUGAGAAUGGUCAGACCUUUCGCAUUGUGAAUGAACAAAUCUUUGCCAAAGAUCUACUUCCAAAAUACUUCAAACAUAACAAUAUCUCUAGCUUCAUACGGCAGCUCAAUAUGUAUGGUUUCCGAAAGGUGAUUACAUUGGAUAGCAGAAUGACUGGCCAGGUGAAGAAAGUAGCUAUGGAAUUUCAACAUCCAUUCUUCAAAAAGGGGGAAUCUGGCCUUUUGGAAAAUAUUAAGCGCAAGGGAUCAUUGACAGUUCAGCUUACUCUUCAGACACCUUUACAACAGGUGCCAACAAUGAAAAUUGAGGAUGUCAGAAUCUACCCUGAUGAGUUCCAGAGAAUGAUGGCUGAAGUGCAAGAGAUGAGAGAGAAGCAGAGCAAUAUGGAUGCCAAAUUUGCAGAACUAAAGAAGGAAUAUGCAACCCUUUGGAUUGAAAUGACAAAUCUAAGACAGAAGUACUGCGAGCAACAGCAGCUGUUAACACAGAUUCUCCAGUUUAUCUUGAGUUUGAUGAAUGGAAACUAUAUAGUAGACAUGAAUAGAAAAAGGUCAUUACCCGUCACAUCUGGAGCUUCCACUUCCAAAUGUGCUCGUCAGUAUUUCCAUAUUCCAGAGGAGAAGAGGAAAGAAGCUAUGGAGAUUCUAAAAAAUGGUUAUGCACUUCUUGAAGACAGAAAUAAAAGUCUCCUUGACAGUGUCUUAUCUACUUUGAAAGAUGAAUCCAAAAACUUAGUUUCAUCUGUGGACCAAGCAAGUGGAGAUGAUGGAAAAGAACCUGAAAUGCCAAUUCAGGAUGUACCUAUGGGUGAAGAUUCACUGGACAUUGAUUUGGAUUUGGUUAUACCAGAUUUCCAAGGACUAAUGACCAUGGAAUCAUUUGGACAGGAAACUAAAAAUAUUUCUUUGGAGUUAGUGUCUUCUCCUUCUCAAGUCAAUGAUCCAAUCUUGACUGAAGACAAGUCAGAUACUCAAUGUGAUACUAUAUUGAACAGGGAUGAGAUGCACAUGCACUCUAUUGAAGCUAAUCUGGUGGAGCUAAAGUCAUUGCUAUCUAGAAAGAAAAUGAAUUAUGACUCUGAUCAUGUCAGUGAGCCAGUCAAUUCUGAACUUCCAACUUUUAUGACAAAGGAAACUGAAACUUUACUCAAUAUGGAUGUUGUAGCAGAAAUAGAUUGCCUAAGUUUAAUGAAAAAUGAAGAAGAAAAGAUAAUUCCACUUGAAGCCAAUGGAAAAAAAGACAAGCAGGUGGUACAAUACAUGAAAAAUCUCCCGCUUUCCUUGUUAGAUGAGAUGCCGAUAAAUGACUUGGGAGAAAGACUGCAAGAUUCUAAUGACCUCCUUUUGGAUAAUCUGAAGAAUCCAUCAAAUGUCUCACCAGAUUUAGGUGACCAUGAUUAUAUAGCCUUGAAUGCUUCUUCUCCACUAGAAGGUGCUGCAAAUCCUAUUGAAAUUUUUGAGCCCCAUUUAUCCACAGAAACCAGUGGAGAAUACAAGCUAUUCCCUUUGUUCUUUCUCAACCCUGUUGCCAGUUUUACUGGAGAGUGCACUAAAAUUGAGCCAUCUUCUUGAAUUUGUUUUGAGCUCCCCGAAUCCAGCUUCCUGCUGGAAAAUAGAUACCCCACUCCCUUUGGCUAUCUAGUGUAUUUCUCUCCAUCUCCUAACCUCUGUAACUUAAAAAAAUGUAGUUAAAAUUGUUACCUCUUGGUGCCUAAGCAAGAUUUCAUAGCUGGGAUGGAAUUGAAACCACACAAAAAAAGAUGGGGAAUAAGUUCUUAAUAGUGGCAUUGCUAGAUCAAAAGUUAUAUGCAUUUAAUUUUUUUUUUAUUUAAACAUCUUACAGGGGUACAUAUGUUUAGGAAAUUUCUAAUAAAAUCUGACUUUAACCUGAAAAAAAAGAUUGGGAAUACCUCAAAUUUGGAGGGGAUUUAAAAAGAUUUUUUUAAAAGUUUUAAAUGAACAUUCUUCCAAUACCUUAUUUGUGUCUACAACAAAAUUUGUGUUAAAUACCAUAAAGUAUGUCAGUUCUCUAAACAAUUAGCAAAUCCAUGUUGUUCGAUUUUGCUUAUAGCAAAUAAGUUAUAUCAUUCCAGAAUUUCUUGGGACAGAUCUGGUUUUGAAAAGCAAGGUUUUCUGUUAAUACGGUCAUGUGUCACUUAACAGGAAUACAUUUUGAGAAAUAUAUGAUUUUGUCAUUGUGCAAACAUCAUAGAGUGUACUUACACAAACCCAGGUGGUGUAGCCUACUAAAUACCUAGGCAAUAUGGUAUAGCCUAUUGCUCCUAGACUACAAAUCUGUACAGCAUGUUACUGUACU